AGGGGACUACCUCUCAUCUGCUUCAAUAAUUGAACGCAACGAGGCUUUCCCCCUUUUCUGCAUCGCCCCCUGGAUUCUACUCAAUUCAUUGGCCUGCUACCAGGCUCGGCGAAAACAGGGAAAUUCUACUGAAGUUUGUUUUUCCUUUAGGUUACACGACCCAUAUCCUAUACCUAAACCCCGGUUCUGGGUCAAAGACACAGUUACCAAGUACCGGGAUAGCUACUACACUUCUACGACGCCCGCGGCCAAACAUACCCCCGGCUGCUUGUGGGGUUAGCACUUCUAGGGCUGACAUCCACUACCACUAUUGGUCAAAGGCGCUCAGUGGCUGAUUAAAAUAAUUAUGAGGUCGUCUGCGAAGGCCAGCGUCGACCCGGAUUGCCGGAAGGUUUUCAAUCACUAUUGGGUCCCUGUGAAUCACAGCCCUGUACUUUUGACUGCUUCGGAUCGCCGUCUAGCCCUUCUUCGAUCCAGAACAGGAAUACACAGGGCAUGUCCCAUGUGGCGGUAGCAACGGAAAACAUCCUCUGCCCUAUUUAGUUCCCUGAUACGUGUGAUAUCUGAUACAUAUGCUACAUAGGAUUCGCUGUAUCUGUGACACCAUCAGCCCACAUCCAUGUGAUUCUUCCAUGAAGCAAUCCCCGGCUGAACAGGAGCAAGGGUAAAAGAAUGGCAACGAAAAAUGGUUUAAAAAAAAAAAAAAAUUGGCAAGAUGGGUGUUUACCAAUGUUUUCUACCG